UACAAUGAUGUGCAUGUGAACUUUACUCAAGAAGAAUGGGCUUUGCUGGAUACUUCCCAAAGGAAUCUUUAUAAAGAUGUGAUGCUGGAGACCUACAGGAACCUCACUGCUAUAGGCUACAGUUGGGAAGAUGAUAAUAUUGACGAGCAUUGUCAAAGUUCUAGAAGACAUACGAGAAAGCAUACUAGAGAGGAUCGCUAUGAAUGUAUCCAAUAUGGUAAAACCUUUGCCUGUAACAGUUAUCUCCUAAUACAUGAACGAAUUCACACUGGAGAGAAACCUUAUGAAUGUAACGAAUGUGGUAAAGCCUUUGCACAGAAUAGUCAUCUCCUCCUACACAAAAGAACUCACACUGGAGAGAAACCUUAUGAAUGUAACCAAUGUGGUAAAGCCUUUGCACAGAACAGUCAUCUCUUACAGCAUAAAAGAAUUCACACUGGAGAGAAACCUUAUGAAUGUAACCAAUGUGGUAAAGCCUUUGCAUGUAACAGUAAUCUCCUAAUACAUAAAAGAACUCACACUGGAGAGAAACCGUAUGAAUGUAACCAAUGUGGUAAAGCCUUUAAACAUAACAGUCAUCUAAUACAUAAAAGAAUUCACACUGGAGAGAAACCUUAUGAAUGCAACCAAUGUGGUAAAGCCUUUGCACAGAACAGUCAUCUCGUACUACAUAAUAGAACUCACACUGGAGAGAAACCUUAUGAAUGUAACCAAUGUGGUAAAGCCUUUGCACGUAAGGGUAGUCUCCUAACACAUAAAAGAACACACACUGGAGAAAAACCUUAUGACUGUAACCAAUGUGGUAAAGCCUUUACACGUAACAGUCAUCUCCUAAUACAUAAAAGAACUCACACUGGUGAGAAACCAUAUGAAUGUAAGCAGUGUGGUAAAGCGUUUGUAUGUAGCAGUAAUCUCAUAAUACACAAAAGAACUCACUGGAGAGAAACGUUAUGA